AUGUCUGUCGAAGCCAAGUUCAACAAGGCCGUCUCCAUCGUCGGCUCGCUCCCCAAGGACGGCCCCGUCCAGCCUACUCAGGAUGACCAGCUCAAGUUCUACGGCUACUACAAGCAGGCCACCAUUGGUGACGUCAACACCAAGAAGCCCGGCAUGUUCGACUUGACCGGCAAGUACAAGUGGGAGGCCUGGAAUAAGAACCAGGGUAUGUCCAAGGAGGACGCUCAGCAGGCCUACGUCGAUGCCCUUCUUGAGAUCCUCAAGAAGCACGGGAGCGAGGGUGACUCUGCCAAGUACAUCCAGGAGAUCGAGAGCGCCUAA